AUGCCCCUGCGCGUCGGCGAGGACAGCGGGGCAAAGGACGCGUCGGUUGCGCCCAACACCCACCUGUUUCGUGUAGCCAUCGUCGACCGCAUUACCGCCGCCCUCGAACCCGCAUUGGGCGUGGCGGGGCUGCUCGACGCGUGGCGUCUGUGGCUUGUGUGCGAUGUGGCGUCCCCUGCAACCGAGCAGUUUCAUCAAACGCGCACAACGGCGCUGCAAGGCCCCAUCGAUGCAUUCCUCAAGACCGAAUCUUGGAGCCACUACCUGGCCAUCACCCGAGCACACAACUGCCGCGAUACGCUGGCGGAAAUGGGCAAUCGUUUUGCGGCCUCUGCCGUCAUGAUCGGCCAUCGAGUGAUAGGGCAAGCAAGGCUGCCGUCGCCGCUGCCGCAGAAUGCGCUCCUCGUGUUUGGCUGCAACGAUUUCAACUACUUGACGCCCUUUCUGGAUGCUGCGACGGACCGCAAUCUUCGUGGAUGGUACCGGAGCGCCGGCCAGGCCGAGGCGCUUCAGGCAGUGAACAGCUACAUGGACAAAACGGUCGAGCUCAACGUGUUGGCCGGACAAAGGGGCGCGGCCGGCUUGGCGGUCGACCUGGGCGAUUCGUUCUUUGCGCCGCUGUUGGAGGGCGCUGACAACACAGCCGCAGUACCAACUGCCUGCGUCGAAUAG